AACUCUGAAGACAGGAGCAGUAGCUUGUCUUAUCAACAACACUUCCUGUAUUAUGUGUGUUAUAGUUAUAUUAGAUUUUUCUGCGGUGAGAAUUUGCUUGAAUUCCAAUCUAAUGUGUUUUCUGUUGUUGUGUCUACAGGUGCUUAUCGUGUGUCUGUGAAGACAGGAGGCUCCACCACCAUCCCAUGUCACUAUGUUCAGAAAUACAAAACCAAUGUGAAAUACUUGUGUAAAGUAGAUUAUUUGAAAAGAUGCUCCCCUGAUGUACAUACUAAGAGCAUAAAUAAGGCCUCAAUCUCUCAUGACAUCAACCAGCAAACCUUCACUGUGACCAUGACUGAUCUGGAGCCAGAGGACUCUGGACGUUACUGGUGUGCUGUGGAGACCAAUGGUGGACCAGAUGUCCGAACAGAAUGGAUCGACCUAUCUGUCACUGCAGGUAAGAUCCCUGCAACUCUUCCAUAUGAUUACAUGACUGGUGUUCUGGUUUCAUUUACUGAUGUCACUAUUAUUGUUCAAGUUGACAUGAGGAAUGUUGGUAUAUGUCUACUUUCUAUUCUCUAUACAUUAUACCAUCAUUAUGAUAUUUGUUACAAAAAAACACUUCAUCACUCAGGACCUUCUUUUUAUUUUACUAGGCAAGUCAUUCAGGACCCAUUUCCUGUCAAUGGUGAUGAUGUGACGUACAGCACUGUUGUCACCAAGAGGAGGAACCAGCUAAAUGUACAGACCAAGGCAGAACCAGAUGAUAAUGUGGUCUACAGCCCGCUAUCCCAACAGCUGGACCCAUUUUCUGCCAAUCGUGAUGAUGUGACGUACAGCACUGUUGUCCCCAAGAGGAGGAACCAGCUAAAUAACUCUGAAGACAGGAGCAGUACCCUACAGCAGACCAUUGAUGUCACCAGAAGAAAUGUCUUAAUGGUGACUAUGAGUGGACUGAAGAUGGAGAACACUGGCUGGUACAGGUGUGAAGUGGGAGACCUUAAGAUGCCUGUUCACAUCACUGUCAGACGACAACCCACCACACAAAGUACCACCACUAUGACCACAACCCAAGCUCCAACCAAUUAAUGCUGAGUCUGUUCAGACUGACCACAACACAGUCCAAGGACCUGAGCCUGUUCAGACUGACCACAACACAGUCCAAGGACCUGAGUCUGUUCAGACUGACCACAACACAGUCCAAGGACCUGAGUCUGUUCAGACUGACCACAACACAGUCCAAGGACCUGAGCCUGUUCAGACUGACAACACAGUCCAAGGACCUGAGGGGGGCAAGGAAAAGGACACCAUGAGGUAAUUAUCACUCAUUCAGCAGUGGUCUAGGGCACUGCAUCGCAGUGCUAGCUGCGCCACCAGAGUCUCUGGGUUCGCGCCCAGGCUGGGCUGGGUUCGCGCCCAGGCUCUGUCGCAGCCGGCCGCAACCGGGAGAUCCGUGGGGCGACGCACAAUUGGCAUAGCGUCGUCCGGGUUAGGGAGGGUUUGGCCGGUAGGGAGGGUUUGGCCGGUAGGGAUAUCCUUGUCUCAGUAUGUAAAAAAAAAAUGUAAUAAAAUGUAUGCACUCUACUGUAAGUCGCUCUGGAUAAGAGCGUCUGCUCUUGGCCGGUAGGGAUAUCCUUGUCUCAGUAUGUAAAAAUGUAAUAAAAUGUAUGCACUCUACUGUAAGUCGCUCUGGAUAAGAGCGUCUGCUAAAUGACUAAAAUGUAAUGUAAAUGUAUUUCACACUUACUCUUUCAAAUGGAUGACAAUAGAAAUGUGAAGAAAGGUAACAUUUUCUGUUGUUCACACUAGAGUUUAGGGCACAAAUACACACUUCCUAAUGUGUUCACACCGAGUACAGGCCAAGACACUGUUAUAGACAUUUACCACUUCCUCCCACCUCCGUGGUUUGUAGAAAUAGCAACAUUCUAUUCUUGUAUGGCCAAGUUUCACACAUAAAAGGUGUUAAGAGCUGAACAAAUGUUUCCAUUUUG